AUGCGCGCCAGCACCUUCCUGCUCAGCGGCCUGGUGACCCUCGCCACCGCCCGCUCCGCAGUCCUCGACCUGAUCCCCAAAAACUUCGACAAGGUCGUCCUGAACUCGGGCAAGCCCGCCCUGGUCGAAUUCUUCGCCCCCUGGUGUGGCCACUGCAAGAACCUUGCCCCUGUCUACGAAGAGCUUGGCCAGGCCUUCGCGCACGCUGAAGACAAGGUCAGCAUUGCCAAGGUCGAUGCCGAUGCGAACCGCGAUCUGGGCAAGAGGUUCGGGAUCCAGGGAUUCCCUACUCUCAAGUGGUUUGAUGGCAAGAGCGAGACACCCGAGGAUUACAAAGGUGGAAGGGAUCUGGAGAGCUUGACCGCGUUCAUCACGGAGAAGACUGGUAUCAAAGCUAAGGGCGCAAAGAAGGAGCCUAGCAAUGUUGAGAUGUUGACAGACACGACCUUCAAGAGUGCCAUUGGUGGCGAUAAAGAUGUGCUUGUUGCGUUCACGGCGCCUUGGUGUGGACACUGCAAGAAGCUUGCACCUACCUGGGAAACUCUCGCCACCGACUUCGCUCUGGAAUCCUCCGUAAUUAUCGGCAAGGUCGACGCCGAAGCUGAGAACUCCAAGGCCACGGCUAAGUCCCAGGGCGUCACCGGAUACCCCACGAUUAAGUUCUUCCCCAAGGGCUCAACCGAGGGCGAGGUCUACAACGGCGCCCGCUCCGAGGAGGCCUUUGUCGAGUUCCUCAACGACAAGGCCGGCACCCACCGUGCCCCCGGCGGCGGAUUGGACGAAAAGGCCGGCACCAUCGUUGUCCUUGAUGAGCUUGUUGCCAAGUACAUCACCGCCAAGAACUUGCCGGAGCUGGUUGAGGAGGCGAAGAAGGUUGCUAAGGCCAUUGGUGGCAAGUACGCCGAGUACUACGUCAAGGUCGCGGAGAAGCUGGCCCAGAACGAGGACUAUGCUGCCAAGGAGCUCGAGCGCCUGAAGAAGGUGAUUGCUAAGGGUGGCUCUGCGCCUGAGAAGGUCGAUGAUAUGGUUUCCCGCAGCAACGUUCUGCGCAAGUUCUUGGAGCUCGAGGAGAAGGUUGAGGAUGUCGUUAAGGAUGAGCUGUAA